UGAGCGCAGGCGCACUCGGCUCUUUCUUUCUCAUUCCGGUUAGCUCUACCAGCAGCAAUCCAAGCUCCGUUGGAGCCGGGAUUGCCAUGUAUUGCGCAUGCGUCCGAAGUAUGCUCCCUAAGCAAGAUGGCGGCGGAGAGGCUGCUGAGGGACUUGCAGUGAGGGAAGGAAGGGGGCGGUGACGGCAGCAGGUAGAACUGCGGGGAGGGCAAAGGCCGGCGAAGGUCUGGUACCGACUGAAGCAAGGAUCGUGCUCAGCAGCGAGGAUUCCUCGAUCGCUGUACUCCUCGGGAAUGCGGGCUCAAGGUGGUGGGACGAGAGGUACUAGUCCCCCUCUUGCCUGCUGUCGCCCCCGCUUGUAAGCAGUGUCCCCUAGGGCCUGCCCGGCGCCCCGGAUGUGUGGGCGGUCAUCUCCUGGUUCCUUGGUGGGGCCGAGUCCCCCGAGCACCGGCCGCGACGGAGGCGGCGGCAGACUUCGGGGAGCUGCGGAGGCUGCGGCGCUGUUGGGUGUGGAGCGCGACGAGGUGGGCAGAUAUCACAUUGUAUGGAGGCAGAGGGAAUCUAACUUUUAUUCUUCAGGUCCUGGGUUAGCCCAGAAUGGCUGCAGUGUCAUAUGAUCAGUUGUUAAAACAAGUAGAGGCAUUAAAAAUGGAGAACUCAAAUCUUCGACAAGAACUGGAAGAUAAUUCAAAUCAUCUUACAAAACUGGAAACUGAAGCAUCUAAUAUGAAGGAGGUAUUGAAGCAAUUGCAAGGAAGUAUUGAAGAUGAGGCAAUGGCUUCAUCUGGUCAGAUUGAUUUGCUGGAACGUCUUAAAGAACUGAAUUUGGAUAGCAAUAACUUCCCCGGCGUGAAGCUAAGGCCAAAGAUAUCCAUGCGUUCAUAUGGAAGCAGAGAAGGAUCAGUUUCUAGUCGAUCAGGUGAAUGCAGCCCUGUUCCCAUGGGAUCAUUUCCCAGAAAAGGUUUUAUGAACGGAAGUAGAGAAAGCACUGGUUAUCUAGAAGAACUAGAAAAAGAAAGAUCUCUCUUGCUUGCUGAGCUUGAAAAGGAAGAAAAGGAAAAAGACUGGUAUUAUGCUCAGCUUCAGAAUUUGACUAAAAGGAUAGAUAGUCUUCCUCUUACUGAAAAUUUUUCAUUGCAGACUGACAUGACUAGAAGGCAAUUGGAGUAUGAGGCAAGACAGAUCAGAGCUGCCAUGGAGGAACAACUAGGUACAUGUCAGGACAUGGAGAAGAGAGCACAGGUGAGAGUGGCUAGAAUUCAACAAAUUGAGAAAGAUAUUCUACGUAUAAGACAACUGUUGCAAUCCCAAGUUGCUGAGACAGAGCAGAGAGCAGCUCCAAGCAAGCAUGGUGCAAGUUCACAUGAAGCUGAGAGGCAAAAUGAAUGUCAAGGAGCAGCUGAAAUCAUUGUGGCAACUGCUGGCAGUAGCCAGGGUUCAGCUGCUCGGAUGGACCAUGAAACAUCCAGUGUUAUGAGUUCUAAUAGUAAUUACUCUGUUCCUCGGAGACUGACAAGUCACUUGGGUACCAAGGUUGAAAUGGUGUAUUCACUGCUGUCAAUGUUGGGUACUCAUGAUAAAGAUGAUAUGUCACGAACAUUGCUAGCCAUGUCUAGCUCCCAGGAUAGCUGCAUAGCUAUGCGCCAAUCUGGAUGUCUUCCUCUUCUCAUUCAACUUUUGCAUGGCAAUGAUAAAGACUCUGUGUUGUUGGGAAACUCACGUGGAAGUAAGGAAGCCCGUGCCAGAGCCAGCGCAGCACUACAUAAUAUCAUUCAUUCCCAGCCUGAUGAUAAGCGAGGCAGACGAGAAAUACGUGUCCUCCAUCUUCUAGAACAAAUCCGAGCUUACUGUGAAACUUGCUGGGAAUGGCAGGAAGCACACGAUCAGGGCAUGGACCAGGACAAAAAUCCAAUGCCAGCUCCAGUGGACCAUCAGAUCUGUCCUGCGGUAUGUGUUUUAAUGAAGCUUUCAUUUGAUGAAGAGCAUAGGCAUGCAAUGAAUGAACUUGGGGGUUUACAAGCCAUUGCAGAAUUGCUACAGGUAGAUUGUGAAAUGUAUGGGCUUACUAAUGACCAUUAUAGUGUCACAUUAAGACGAUAUGCUGGAAUGGCUCUGACAAAUUUAACUUUUGGAGAUGUAGCCAAUAAGGCUACUUUGUGUUCUAUGAAAGGUUGCAUGAGAGCUUUAGUAGCACAGUUAAAAUCUGAAAGUGAAGAUUUGCAGCAGGUUAUUGCAAGUGUUUUAAGAAAUUUGUCUUGGCGGGCAGAUGUGAACAGUAAGAAGACACUACGAGAGGUUGGGAGUGUGAAAGCAUUGAUGGAGUGUGCUUUGGAAGUUAAAAAGGAAUCUACGCUAAAAAGUGUAUUGAGUGCCUUAUGGAACUUAUCAGCACAUUGCACUGAGAAUAAAGCUGAUAUAUGUGCCGUGGAUGGUGCUCUUGCCUUUUUGGUUGGCACACUGACUUACCGAAGCCAAACAAAUACUUUAGCCAUCAUUGAAAGUGGAGGGGGAAUUCUUCGUAAUGUGUCUAGCUUGAUUGCUACAAAUGAGGACCACAGGCAAAUAUUGAGAGAGAAUACCUGCUUGCAAACCCUCUUACAUCAUUUGAAGUCUCACAGUUUGACAAUUGUCAGUAAUGCAUGUGGAACAUUGUGGAACUUGUCUGCACGGAAUGCAAAGGACCAGGAAGCAUUAUGGGACUUGGGAGCAGUUAGUAUGCUAAAAAAUCUCAUACAUUCGAAGCACAAAAUGAUAGCCAUGGGGAGUGCUGCAGCUCUAAGGAAUUUAAUGGCAAACAGACCUGCAAAAUAUAAAGAUGCUAAUAUUAUGUCUCCAGGUUCAAGCUUACCAUCUCUUCAUGUCAGGAAGCAAAAAGCACUGGAAGCAGAAUUAGAUGCUCAACAAUUAUCUGAGACUUUUGACAACAUUGAUAACUUAAGUCCCAAAACAUCUCACCGCAAUAAGCAAAGACAUAAACAGAAUCUUUACAGUGAAUAUGUUUUGGAUGGUAAUCGCCACGAAGAUGGAGUUUGCAGGUCAGAGAAUUUUAGCAGUGGUAAUGUGACUGUACUUUCACCAUAUUUAAAUACUACAGUGUUGCCUGGCUCCUCAUCCUCAAGCAGAGGAAAUACAGAGAGUUCUCGUUCUGAGAAAGACCGGAGUUUAGAUAGAGACCGUGCAGUGGGAUUAAACAGCUAUCACUCCUCAGCAGAAAAUUCUGGCAGCUCUUCUAAACGAAUAGGAAUGCAAAUUUCUACUGCUGCUGCUCAGAUUUCAAAAGUAAUGGAGGAAGCAACAAAUAUUCAUAUUUCACAAGAAGAAAGAAGCAAUGGAUCUGUAACAGAAAUUCACUGUUUGUCAGAAGACAGGAAUGCUUUAAGAAGAACUUCUACUGCUCAUUCUCACACAAAUAGUUACAACUUUCCAAAAUCUGAGAACAGGACAUGUUCUCUACCAUACUCAAAAGUAGAGUAUAAAAGAGCUUCUAAUGAUAGCUUAAACAGUGUCAGUAGCAGUGAUGGGUAUGGUAAAAGAGGACAAAUGAAGCCUAUAGAAUCUUAUUCUGAAGACGAAGAAAGUAAAUUUUGCAGUUAUGGACAGUAUCCUGCUGAUUUAGCUCAUAAAAUACACAGUGCUAAUCAUAUGGAUGACAAUGAUGGAGAAUUGGAUACUCCAAUAAACUAUAGUCUGAAAUAUUCUGAUGAACAAUUGAAUUCUGGAAGGCAGAGCCCAUCCCAGAAUGAAAGAUGGGCAAGACCUAAGCAUGUAAUAGAAGAAGAAAUAAAGCAGAAUGAGCAAAGGCAAUCCAGAAGUCAAAGUGGAGCUUAUCCUGUAUAUCCUGAGAGUGGUGAUAAUAAACACCUGAGUUACCAGUCAGCUUUUGGACAGCCAGAAUGUGUAUCUACUUUCAGAUCACGAGAAUCCAGCAAUUCAGAACAAAACAGAGUAGGAUGUAAUCAUGGAAUAAAUCCCAAAGUGAAUCAGUCCUUGUGUCAGGUCGAUGAUUAUGAGACUGAUAAGCCUACUAAUUAUAGUGAGCAUUACUCUGAAGAGGAACAGCAUGAGGAAGAAGAUCAUCCAACUAAUUAUAGCAUAAAAUAUAAUGAAGAGGAGCACCAUGUGGAUCAGCCAAUUGAUUACAGUCUUAGAUAUUCAACAGAUGUUCCUCCUGCACAGAAACCAUCUUUUUCAUUUUCAAAAACUCCAUCAGUGCAGAGUAAUAAAACUGAUCAUAUUUCAUCAAGCAGUGGAAAUACAUCAUCUUCUGCUGGGUCAAAAAAGCAUAAUCAGCUUCAUCCAAAUUCUGCUCAGAAUAGGGCAAGUCAUACUCAGAAGCCUACAUCCUGCAAAGCACCUUCCAUUAACCAGGAAACAAUACAAACUUACUGUGUAGAAGAUACACCAAUAUGUUUUUCGAGAUGUAGCUCUCUAUCAUCUUUAUCAUCAGCUGAAGAUGAAACAGGACGCGACCAUUCCACACGUGUAACGGAUACUGAUAACUUUCUGAAGAUAGUGGGAAUGAAAGAAAACAGUGGGAGUCUGUCAACAGCAGUUACGACUAAUGAAACCUCAUUAGCUUCCCAGCACCUUAGAACAAAACCAAAUAGACUUCAGACUUCUACUAUAUCUCCUUCUGAUUCAGCAAGACAUAAAGUUGUUGAGUUUUCUUCAGGUGCCAAAUCUCCUUCAAAAAGUGGUGCUCAGACUCCCAAGAGCCCACCAGAACAUUAUGUACAGGAGACUCCACUCAUGUUUAGCAGAUGUACCUCUGUGAGUUCCUUGGAUAGUUUUGAGAGCCGUUCAAUUGCUAGCUCUGUUCAAAGUGAGCCAUGUAGUGGGAUGAUAAGUGGUAUAAUAAGCCCAAGUGAUCUUCCAGAUAGUCCUGGGCAAACAAUGCCACCCAGCAGAAGUAAAACUCCACCCCCUACACAAGUGACCCAAGUAAAGAGAGAAGCAGCCAAAACAAAAGUAUCAAACGCUGAAAAGAGAGAAUCUGGACCAAGACAAACAGCUGUAAAUACAGCUAUUCAGCGGGUGCAGGUAUUGCAAGACGCUGACACUUUGUUACACUUUGCAACAGAAAGUACACCAGAUGGGUUUUCUUGCUCAUCAAGCCUAAGUGCUUUGAGUCUUGAUGAACCAUUUAUACAGAAAGAUGUAGAAUUGAGAAUAAUGCCUCCUGUGCAUGAAAAUGAUCAUGUGAAUGAAGCAGAACUUGAACAGUCAAAUGAUACAAAGGAUAAACUAGAGAAAAAUACAAAAGAACCCACUGAAAUAGAGAAAGAUAUACUAGAUGAUUCAGAUGAAGAUGAUAUUGAAAUAUUGGAGGAGUGUAUUAUUUCUGCUAUGCCAACAAAAUCUUCACGUAAAGUCAAAAAGCCUUCCCAGGUAACCGCUUCUAAAAUACCUCCACCUGUAGCCAGAAAACCAAGCCAUCUGCCUGUAUAUAAACUACUUCCUUCUCAAAGCAGAUUACAUUCCCAAAAGCAUGUUACGUUUACGCCUGGUGAUGACAUGCCACAUGUUUACUGUGUUGAGGGAACACCAAUAAAUUUUUCAACAGCUACAUCUCUGAGUGAUCUAACAAUAGAAUCACCUCCAAAUGAACUGGCCAGUACAGGGAUUGCUGUUUCAGGAGUGGAAUCAGCUGAAAUUGAAAAGAGAGAUACAAUUCCCACAGAAGGAAGAAAUACAGAAGAUGCUCAAAGGGGAAAAAGUGGAUCUACUGUUGGAUUGAAUGAUGACAAAACAGAAGAAGGUGAUGACAUCCUUGCGGAAUGUAUUAAUUCUGCUAUGCCGAAAGGGAAAAGUCACAAACCUUUCAGAGUGAAAAAGAUAAUGGAUCAGAUCCAGCUAGCAUCUACAUCUUCCUCAAUAAAUACUAAAAAUCAACUAGAAAUAGAGAAAAAGAAACCAACAUCACCAGUAAAGCCUAUGCCACAAAGCAAUGAGUACAGAACACGCUUAAGAAAAAAUGUGGAGUCAAAAAAUAAUUUUAGUAGUGAAAGAACUUAUAAUGAGAGUAAAGAGACAAAGAAACAAAGUCUUGAAAAUAAUUCAAAAGAUUUUAAUGAUAAACCUCCAAAUAACGACGAGCGUACAAGAGGAAGCUUUGCAUUUGAUUCUCCUCACCACUAUACUCCAAUUGAAGGAACACCGUAUUGUUUUUCUCGAAAUGACUCUUUGAGUUCCUUGGAAUUUGAUGAUGAUGUGGAUCUUUCGAGAGAAAAGGCAGAACUGAGAAAGGAGAAAGACAAUGAAAUUGAAGCCAGCUCUAAUACAGAAUAUAUUUCAAAUCAACAAUCAGUCAGUGGAACACAAGCUUGCCAAAAGCACUCUUCAUCAGGAAGAAAUCAACCCAAAAUUUUGGGGCAAAACCAGACCUCUUUUUGUUCAUCAGCCAAAGACAUUACAGCUACAGAUGAAAAAACACAAAAUUUUGCAAUAGAAAAUACACCUGUUUGUUUCUCUCGUAAUUCCUCUCUGAGUUCUCUCAGUGAUAUUGAUCAGGAAAACAACAAUGACAAAGGAAGUGAACCUAUAGAACAAAUAGAAUCACCUGAUAAACACAUUGAAUCAACUAGAGCACAAGUUUCUGGAUAUGCUCCUAAAUCAUUUCAUGUAGAAGAUACACCUGUAUGUUUUUCAAGGAACAGUUCCCUCAGUUCUCUUAGUAUUGAUUCAGAAGAUGACCUUUUGCAGGAAUGUAUUAGUUCAGCCAUGCCUAAAAAGAAAAAGCCUUCAAGAUCAAAGGGGGAUAGUGAAAAAAUUAGUUCUAGAAACAUAGGUAUUUUAGCAGAAGACCUCACAUUAGAUUUGAAAGAUAUACAAAGGCCUGAUUCAGAGAAUGGUUUCUCCCCAGAUUCAGAGAACUUUGACUGGAAAGCUAUUCAGGAAGGUGCAAAUUCUAUAGUUAGCAGCUUACAUCAAGCUGCAGCAGCAGCAUCACUAUCUAGACAAGCUUCAUCAGAUUCAGAUUCAAUCCUUUCAUUGAAAUCAGGAAUUUCCUUAGGAUCACCAUUUCAUCUUACACCAGAUCAAGAAGAAAAACCUUUUACUACUAAUAAGGGUCCAAGAAUUAUUAAACCAGGAGAAAAGAGUACAUUGGAAAAUAAGAAAAUUGAGUCUGAAAAUAAAGGAAUUAAAGGAGGAAAGAAAGUCUAUAAAAGCAUGAUUACAGGUAAAACUCGAUCUAAUUCUGAACUUACAAGUCACUUGAAACAGCCCUUGCAAACAAAUAUGCCCUCCAUUUCCCGAGGUAGGACAAUGAUUCAUAUUCCUGGAGUUCGAAAUAGUUCUUCAAGUACAAGUCCAGUUUCUAAAAAAGGACCACAACUAAAGAAUGCAGCAUCCAAAAGUCCUAAUGAAAGCCAGUGUUCUACUAGCUCUCCCAGAGUUACCAAACCUUCUGUGAAAUCUGACCCAAGCCCUAUAUCCAGACAGCCAUCUCAACAGGGUAGCUCAAGUAAAGGGCCUUCUAGGUCAGGUUCUAGAGAUUCUACACCUUCUAGACCACAACAACAACCAUUAAGUAGGCCUCUGCAGUCCCCUGGCAGAAACUCAAUUUCACCAGGUAGAAAUGGCAUAAGUCCUCCCAAUAAGCUCUCCCAGCUGCCAAGAACAGCAUCACCAAGUACAGCUUCCAACAAAUCUUCAGGUUCAGGAAGAAUGGCAUAUACAUCACCAGGUAGACAAAUGAAUCAGCAAACUGUAGCAAAACAAACAGGAUUGCCUAAAAGUACUAGUGGAAUUCCUAGAAGUGAAUCUGCCUCAAAAGGAUUAAAUCAAAUUUCUGGUAUCAGUGGAUCAAAUAAAAAGACUGAGUUAUCUAGAAUGUCAUCAGCCAAAUCAAGUGGGAGUGAAUCUGACCGGUCAGAGAGACCUGUUUUAGUACGUCAGUCAACUUUUAUUAAAGAAACCCCAAGUCCUACUCUAAGAAGGAAAUUGGAAGAGUCUGUCUCAUUUGAAUCUUUGUCACCUUCUAGACCAGACUCUCCAACCCAGUCCCAAACACAAACUCCAGUUUUAAGUCCAUCACUUCCUGACAUGUCUUUGUCUGCUCACUCAGCCAUCCAAGCCAGUGGUUGGAGAAAGUUACCUCCUAACUUGAGUCCCUCUUUAGAAUACAAUGAUGGGAGGCCAACAAAACGGCAUGACAUAACUCGAUCUCAUUCUGAGAGUCCAUCCAGAUUGCCAAUUAACAGAUCAGGGACAUGGAAGCGUGAGCACAGUAAACAUUCUUCAUCACUUCCUCGUGUAAGUACUUGGCGAAGGACAGGAAGUUCUUCCUCAAUUCUUUCAGCUUCUUCAGAAUCCAGUGAAAAGGCAAAAAGUGAAGAUGAAAAACAACAUGUAACUUCUUUUUCUGGACUCAAACAAGGUAAAGAAAAUCAAGCACCAACAAAAGGGACUUGGAGAAAGAUAAAGGAAAAUGAAAUUCCUCAAAUAAUGACAAGUCCUCCUCAGAAUAUCUCAUCAGGUCCUACCAAUGGUGCUGAUUCAAAAACUCUAAUUUACCAGAUGGCCCCUGCAGUCUCUAAAACAGAGGAUGUAUGGGUGAGGAUUGAGGACUGUCCUAUUAAUAAUCCAAGAUCUGGAAAAUCUCCAACGGGAAACACUCCCCCCAUUAUUGAGAGUGGUUCAGAGAAAAGCAGUAUAAAUAGCAAAGAUUCAAAAGAUCUUCAUGGAAAACAAAAUACCGGAAAUGGAAAUGUCCCUGUUCGCACCAUGGGUUUAGAAACCCGAUUGAAUUCAUUUGUUCAAGUUGAUGGUCCAGACAAGAAAGGAACUGAAACAAAAAUUGUUCUAAGCAAUUCUACAGCUGCCCCAGAGACUAGUGAAAACACUCUGAACGAGCGCACCCCAUUUAGUUCCAGCAGUUCAAGUAAACACAGUUCACCCAGUGGUGCUGUUGCAGCACGUGUGACGCCUUUUAACUAUAAUCCAAGCCCCAGAAAAAGUAGUGUGGAUAACAGUUCUGUUCGGCCAUCACAGAUACCAACACCAGUAAAUAACAGUACAAAAAAACGAGAUUCAAAGACUGAAAGUACAGAUUCGAGUGGUGCGCAAAGCCCUAAGCGCCAUUCGGGGUCUUAUCUGGUGACUUCUGUUUAAUGAAAAAUUAAUGAUGUAUUGAUACAUGUGGAUUUUUGAAAAAUAAAACAACAAAAUUGUGGUUACCCCCCCCUCUUUUUUUUGUAAAUAGUUUGAUUCUUGUAGAGGGUCCUUGUUCUGGAAGCCAUAUAUGAUAUUCUUUGUCUUCACUAAUAAUAUUUGAGGGAAUCCCAAUUGAUAAUUUAGCAAUAAAAUUGCUAAAAUAAUUAUAUUUGUACAGUAUAUUUUACAUAUAUUUAAUUAACAUCCCAUAACUUUAUAAUUGUUUUGAUGGGUUGGGGGAAUUUAGAAAGAUGAAAAACAGAUUAAAAUAAAUAAUUCUAUUAAUAUAUCACUCACUUCUAGAUUUGCAAAAUGGCUAAAUAACUUCAGGGAAAAAUUGGUAUUUAUGCCAAAAAAAAAAAAAAAUUCCACCUUACUAUUUGUGAAGCCACCUAACCUUUUAAUUAAUCAUGUGGCUGUGAAAUUCACAGUAAUAUGGUUUCUGCUGAACAAGCCUUUUAUUCCUGCAUGGAUAGAGCUGAUGGUUCAUUUUCUGAAAUGAUAAUUAACAUUUCUGUGGUCACAUAACGUGCAUAGAUAGUUAUAGUGUAAUGAAUACAUUUUGGUUUUUGUGCUCUGCAAAAAGAAAAAAGAAAAAAAAGGACAUCUGUGUAUGUGUAAACCUUGAACAAAAUUAUUUUACCAGAACUAGAUUUUAACUGACAGUAGGUAGGAUUUUUGCUAUGCUGUAACUUGUUGUAUAUUCUGGUAUUUGAGGUAAGAUGGCUGCUCUUUUAUUAAUGAGACAUGGGUGAAGUCUCAGCAAAACUAAAUGACAGAAUAAAUUAUUGCUGUAUGUACAUUUUGUUGUGUGUUACUUUUGCAGUACAUAACAAUGUUUAAUUUUAAUAUGUUUAAGAAAUAUGUUUCAUAUAAUGCAUUUCCUCAAAAGGCAUGUUGGGAACAAUAAUUAUUCUACUGAAGUCAGUGGAAACAUUCUUACAAAUUUGAAUGGAUCUGGGUUGUAUCCACUGCCUAAUACAGUCGCACACUGGUUUUCUUCCAAUUUAUAAUAGCUGUUUAUAUGUAUCAGCUGCAGCAUUAGGAGGUAGCAUUAGUGUUUUCAGCUGAAAUGUUAGUUGGUUCCUCCAAUACAGAAAAGAGGCUAAAAGAAGUACUUCCAUAGAUAUGCCCAAAGGCAUAAAUUUCAUAUUGCACAGCCUAGAGUGCUUUCAAUAUACAAAUGCAUUUUAUUUUGAAAAGGAAAAUAACUUGGAAAGUAUUGAGAAUGAAAGUUGCUUUGAAUAUUUUUUUCAUUUGGCCUUUUUUCAUUUGGUUAAUGCACUAGAGACAAUAUACUAAAUUUUAGUGUCUUAUAGAAAAUAAGAUUUGUAUAUUAAACUGCUCUGGACAAACCAACUUGGUAUUCACAUAUAUUUUUACUUUAGAGACCUUCCGUAGACUGUUUACAGCAGAAGUACUCUACUUAACUUAAGUGCCUCUAUACAGAAAUAGCAACUUGUGUGUGCACGUCGUUAAUUAAAACAGUAGUAAGCAAGUCAAAUGUGUAUCUCAGGCAGGUUUCCAUUAUUACAAUCCAGUUGUGAUUAUUUGACUAUGAAGUUCAAAAAUCUGUUUAGAAAUGUUCUCAGAUAAUCCAGUUUAAUUCAUAAGUCAGAUCAGUGCUUCUUACUGUAUGGGAUGCUACAACAACUGUUAUAGUAUAAAUUUUAGUUUUUCAGACCAGACGAUAGCAUCAAGCUAGUGUGGCAUCAACAGGUAGUAUGCAUUUUCAAUUGAUUGGUGGCCAAAUUCACACAUAUCAGGAGACUCUGGAUAACAUGAGAAAUAGUGUCCCUGCUACUUAUUUCCCUAUCUUUUCUCUUUUUACACUUAAAAUAAAGCAUUUUUAUAUUAACCAUAGUUGAGAUUAAUUGCAAUUUGUCUAGGUCUGGACAUCAUGAUAAACUGCAUUUACUCCAUGAUAGGAAAUCUAGGGACUUUCCUUGGGUGUUUGGGACUGCAGCUCCUGCAAUCAUUUGCCAGUGGCCACAAUGGCCAGAAUUGAUGAUGUCCAAAAUACCUAAAGAGUACCAGGUUUUCUAACUAAGGCUUAGCCUAAAACAGAAAUAAGAGCUUCUAAACUCAUGGCUGUGCUGGAAGAGGAGGCAGUAGACCAUGCCUUGUAACAGUAAAUUUAUUUAGCAUUACAUAAUUGUAUCUUAUGAUGCAGGCUUGAUUCUUAAUUUCCCAGCCUCUAUUCCAUUUGCUAAAAAAAAAACAAAAAACGCACAGACAUAGGUAGGCAAGGUAGUCCAGUAAUACUAACUCUAACAUUACUAAGACCACAAAAAUAAGUUAAUUUAAAUUCAAGGGGUCUCCCGAAAAGUAUUGCAUAAGAAUAUAUGUAAUUCUAUUACUGAUUCUCCAUCAAAAAGAUUACACAUAUUUAUGUACUCUUUGCCUUUUAACUGGGCAUAUUUACUGGCAUACCAUAUUGGUAGAAUAUCUUAUGUGAACACAAGGCCUGCCUAUCAUAUAUAUAAUCUUUGUGAUGCAUUAAUGUAUAUGUUUCAAUGUACAUUUCAAUGUGUGGCAUCUAAUAUGGAUCAGUAAACAGGAUCAGUAUUCAGUACGGUCCAUCUCCAUUUACCUUUCCUCACUUUCUGUAUAAAGAAGAUAGGGAAAUAUAACGGGAAAAGCCCAUCAUGUGCUCCCGUCUUUGCUGACUAUUAAGCUUUAAUGUGGCAUCUCAAGAUCACUAGUAUUGCCGUAUUUGUACUUGCUGAUUACUGCAAUUUUGCUUCUACUGAAUUUAAUCACUAGCUUGUAAAAGUGAUGCACCGUACAGUAUGGAUAGAACCAAGUCAAGAAAUUAAGGCAACAUUUUUUUAAAAAUCAUCAGAUUCUUUUAAAGUUUUUCUGCUUCUUUCCAGAGUUUUGCUAAUGAGAAUUGUACUAAUUUUCUCCACUUCCUUAUUUGUGAGUUGAUGUAUAAGCCAAGAGCUUUUCUUUUGUAAUUUAAUUCUCACUUACACUGAAAUAAACCAAUUAUUUGACAAACCAAAGUGCAUCUUUUUAACAAAAGGACCCAGAAAAUGUGCAUGUAUUAAUGUUUCUGCUUUUUAUUUACAUGAAGCAUUUUUAGUUCCAAUAUAUCAAACAUAUAUAGAUUAUUAUUGCUGCUGUCCAUCAUUUUAAGAUGUUCAUUUAAUUGUGAAUUCCAUUUGCUGUCAGUUUAUUUAUCCAAGUCAUUUAUUGUCUGUAAUAUGCUCACUCCAAACCAUGUAAAGAACUAUUCAUUGCAGUUCACUGUGCAUUAACAAGAUAAAAAAAUCAGUAUUCUAAUAAUUUUUUAUAUCCUGCUUAUCAAGCCAUCCUGAUUUUUACAUAUAAAAAGGAACCAUAUUGUGUAUCAAAUGCCCUGCUGAAAUUGGAAUCUGGCGUAAUCUCUGUUGAGGUUUGCAUGCAGCUUUGCCAUCGGACAUUUUGGCUUAAACUAGUUUUUCACUGACAGCUGAUUUCUAGAUGUUGCAUUAUAAUUAUUUAUAACCCUGGAGCAGGUAUAAAUUUGGACCUAAAAUGUUAUGACAUGUCAGCUCAAUAUUUGAUUCUAGUUGGCCUCAAAAGAGCUCUGAUAGAGAUGAAGACAUCUGGCUCUUGACAAUGACAUUUGGAAAGAUCUAAGUACUUCCCCCUCCUUGUAUUGGGGGAUGGGGGAGGGUCUAUGUGGAAGACCUCUCUCUUGUGCUGGUUAUAUAACCAAUUCAUGCCUUUUGCCUAGUUCAUGGAGAGCCCUCACAUGUGCUAGAUGUAACAAUAUUCCUGUGCAAAAGUGAUUAUGUCAGUUAUAUCUGUGCUUCUAUGUUGCACUUUCUUCUUGGUGAGUGGCCCAAAUAACCUUUCUUAAUUAACAGCUGAUCUUGAGGAUUGCCCAAUUCUGCUUAAUCACCAUAAGUUUGACAGUUAAUGUUGUAGUUACCCUGAUAAAGUUACUGUUUGUAUAUCUUUUAAUGUGUUCUUUUGUCUGUCUUGUUUUUGUUUAAAUUCAUCCAUAGCAUCUUGUUUUUUUAAAUAAAUUAAACUAGCUAGCCGUGACCUCAAUAUCUGGAAUGGGCAUUUUCAAAGCAGAAUCUGAGAACUGUAAAACUGAAAGGGUUGAAUACGUUUUCAACAGUACGGUGUAUAACUGAUAACUGAAUGGUUGCUCAACUUCUCAGAAUUUCCCAUGAGAUUUGUAAAUUAGAAAUGAGCAUACUAUGUUUAAGUUUGUGUGCGUGGGUAUCCAUGUGCAUGGAUGUAUUUAAAUACACACACAGCUAUCCUUGGUUCCAUUCUUUCUUAAACUAGAUUGAAAAAUUACUUUAAGCACAAGAGAGGGUUAAAGUUGGUUUACUCCUAGAUUUAUAUUGAAUAGAUAUUAAAAUAAAUAGAAUGGAAUACAGGAUACUAAUAUAUCAUGCACAGGCUUUGGCUUAAUACAACACUUUUCAGAGCUAGACAAUCUUUCAUACAAUUGUCCAUUAUUGCUGUUGAGCAAAUACUUAAUGUAUGGCCUUUACUGGACACAAUCUUUUGUCUUUUAAUAUAUGUAUUCUGGACAAAAAUGCAGGUAUUUAUUUGAAAAAUUUCACUCAUCAAAAAACAAUCUGGAAACAUAUUGGUUUGAAUCUUGGUUCAAAAUAUAUCUAAAAUAGCUUUUUAUCGUAUUUGAAAAUACGUAUUUUAUACAAUCUUCUCGAGAGCUAAAACUCUACCUGCUAAAAAUGUAUAUAUGGUUUGUUUUCUGCAAACUGCCCUUUUAAUUAUUUAAAAUAAAAUCUCACUUUGCUAAACUAUAAA